AUGCUAGCGUGUUUAUGCGCCUGUCUACCGUUGUUGCAGUGUUUGCUAAUACCGUUCUGCAGUCCUGACAAAAACCCCAAUACGCCCGAAGUACAUCGACGAUUUGAGCAGUUGGGUCUGAUUCAUCGUAUUUUGCGUGACGAGCGUCGUGAUCGCUACAAUCACUUCCUCUCGAAUGGCUUUCCAAAAUGGCGCGGAACUGGCUACUUUUACUCGCGCUUCCGCCCCGGAUUGCUCAUGGUCCUUUCACUGGUCCUCUCCUUGUCCGUGGGUGUGCAGUAUUUGAUCCAAAUAUCGUCCUGGCGUAGAAACCAAAAGCAGAUUGAAAACUUGCGUCGCAGUGCGCUGGCGGUUGCCUGGGGUGCUGCGUUCCAGACUCCUGCAUCGGCAUCAAAGACCUUGAAGUCUAGGCCACAUCCACAGCAGAAGAAGGUCCAAGUCCCGAUCCAUGGCUUCGGCGAAAUGCCGCCUGCGCCGGCUCAAUGUGACAUCAUUUCCGGUAAGGUCGACUGGGAUGCUGAAGCAAACAAGGUCCGUGAGGCCAUGAACGCGCCUAUGCCCGCGACAGAUGAAGCUCCGACAAUUGUGGAAGUGAUUGUCUUCGCUGAUGGGAGCAUGGUUGUAAAUGAUGCGAAGUCUGGCGAGCUCGUUCCCGUUGAGCCGUUGCCCGAAUCCGAAUCUCCCACGCUCAAAUCGACCUGGCCUUUCCAAUUAUUCCAUUCCCUUGCCGGUGCAUCAAAGGAAACGGCGCCUGAGGUGAUGGAUAAAAAUGAUGACAAGGACGAACAUCGCCAGGAUAUUCCAUCCGAGAGCGUCAUAUCGCCAGAGCAAGAGACGACUGGGUUUACUUCAGCCAAAGAGCCCAAGAAGUCUGCUGGCAAACGCCGCAAGCGUAAUAACAAAGCACAACAGAACUAA